UACUAAAGCUCAAUUACUGCUACAAAUAAUAAUAGAUAAUUCAUUUUAUUUCUUAUUUUAAAAGUGAAUUGAGGUAGCUUUCGCUGUGCAUAUUGCCUCUGUUUUCUAAUCUAGAAUGUCGAUGCAAAUGAAAGAAAAACGUCCUAGCGGUUAUUUGAAUGUAAGCAAAUGGGGUAAGCUAACUUCAGAAGCAAUAGUUUGACCGGUAUAUAAUGGCCAAAGGUCCGCCGGACAGUUUUAGAGUUAAGAGUGUAUACUGACUUUUGUAUGAUGAUCACUACUUACCUUGUUUAUCGCCUAAAAUAACCAACUAAUUUCAAACAACUGACAAGAGAAAGGGACCUGGCAACAGGCAGCUGAACAAUAUGGAAACUGAGUACUCCAAGAGAGUGUAUCAGGGCGUCAGAGUGAAGCACACAGUGAAAGACCUGCUGGCAGAGAAAAGAUCACGGCAGACCAACGUGCCCAGAUACAAUGGCGGGUCGAGUCCCUCCCAACCGGCCUUCGUCCCAGUUUCAGGCUCCCACGUGCUUCCUGGUUACUACGGCAUGAGAAGACCCUUCAUGGCUGACACAGAGAUCUGCCAUCCAAGCAAACAGUUUCCAGGAGAGGCCUACUCCUCGCCCUUGGGGGGCAAGCCGCUGUCCUGCGACACCUCCUCUGUGACAGGUUAUUCUUCCCUCAUAGAUGGCUACUACACUGAGCCCUUUGGGGAGUACCGGAACACGGCCUUCACCCCCGGAGGGGGCUCCCUCUUCCCCGGGUCGGCUUUGCCUUCCAUACUUCCACCUUUUCCUGGGGACUCCUCUCACUUCCUCCUGAGGGACGCAUGGGAGCAGACUGCGGCAGACACCGUGAGUCAGGCCGAGGGGCUGUGCUCUGACAGUCUGGCCCCCGUGGUGGCCCCAGCCUCGCUGUCCAGCCCGGAUUCGGGGAGCCCGGUGCACUACCGAGCCUCUAGCCGGGGUUCUGGGACACCCGGGUCCCAGCCUUACUUGCACUCACUAGAGGAGGUUCACUACCCAACUCUGUACCCACCUACUUCUGGCUACACGUGCUCCCCAUACAUGGGCACCCCUGGUGACCUGGCGUCUAAAAUAGCCCCCUUGUCCUCCGAGGAGUCGGACAAUGGACCAGUGCUCAGCGACGCCCCCUCCUGGUCGAAGGAUGAUGCUGGCUCAUGGUCACCUUAUGAUAUCCGGAGAGCCUACUGAAGGUCUGAAGAUGGCUGAUUCUGAAAUGAGCCCCUUCACUAAGGACACUCAUUCACAAGAGACGUUUCUGACUUUUUCAUUUGAUCCCCCUCCUGAAGCCAUGACUUUCUCCCCUUUUCCCAACUGAAGGAAUUACGCUGUAAAUUAUUUCUACAGCAAAACCAUUACUUCUUGUAUUGAAGUGAUUGUGGAUGUGUGUCUAUAUGUUGUUUUCUUCAAGAUAAACUUGGUUAAUUUUUGUAGCAUAUUUGUAGCCUAAUUUCCAGUACAUUUGCAAAGACUAAUUAUUGGUGAUUGUCGACCGAAGUGCAAAUUGUCAUGCUCUGCAUACUUAUUGUAUGUAUGUUUUAAAUAUUUUCACAUUAAUUGAUUGUGAAAGGUACUUUCUUACUUAAGUGCAGCUCAAAUUUAGUCUAUGGAGAACAAUGUAAUUGAGACAGAUUUGUAUCCCUUCAUAGUCAUUAGUUCAUUUGAACAGCAGAAUAUGCAGAAAAACACUACAGCUCCAGGUUCCAUUGUUUUGUAAUUGUGUUAUUAAUGUUUCUGUUCUUUCAUUAUCAUGCAAAUCUUUAACAUUUAAGUAAAAAGCACUGUAACGAUUAUCCAUAUUAUAUCUAUUGUAUGUUUUAUAAUUAAUUUAGGGAAAGCAAAUAAAUGCUGUAGUUUUAAUGGUA